GCCCCCGCUUUGCGCUUUUACCACGCUAACCGGCACAACAUGGAGCUCCGAGACCUCGCCAACAGCCAGAGGGCGUGCGCGGCUUUCCUCUUUCUAUCUCCCUGGCCAGGCAGCCACUAAGGAAGUGGGCGGUUCAAAGAAGAGGGUUGGGCUCCGGUUGAGAGGAGAAAGAUGGCAGAGACUGAAGCUCAGCAGCUGUUGGGUGUGGGACUGGUUGAAAAAGAUACCAAUGGAGAUGCUCUGUGGGUUUGGUGUUAUCCAUCUACAACAAUUGAAUUAAGGGAUCUGUUGUUGAGAAAAUGCUGCCUUACAGAUGAAAGCAAAAAGCUUCACACAUUUGUAUUUGGUCAGUACAAACUGACAUGGUUUUAUGUUACAACCAUGGAAGUUCCAGAUUCUUCAGCCUUGAAAAAGGUAACACAUUUUUCCAUUGUCUUGACUACCAAAGACUUUAAUCCAGAGAAAUAUGCAGCCUUCACUAGGAUCCUCUGUAGAAUAUACCUGAAAUAUGGAAGUCCUGUAAAAAUGAUGGAGAGUUAUAUUUCUGUUCUUACAAAGGGAAUCUGCCAGAGUGAAGAAAAUGGCUCUUUCCUAAGCAAAGAUUUUGAUGUCAGAAAAGCUUAUCUCACAGGCUCAAUCAAAGAUAUAAUAUCUCAGUUUGGAAUGGAGACAGUCAUCCUCUAUACUGCAGUCAUGUUAAAGAAAAGAAUUGUGGUAUAUCAUCCACGAAUAGAAGCUGUCCAGGAGUUUACAAGGACAUUGCCUGUGUUAGCAUGGCAUCGGCAAGACUGGUCUAUCCUUCAUUCAUAUGUACACUUAAAUGAUGAUGAGCUGGAAGCAUUAAAGAUGUGUCCAGGUUACAUUGCUGGAUUUAUAGACUCUGAAGUCAGCAACAGGCUAGACCUUUAUGAUGUAUACGUGAAUCUAGCUGAAAGUGAAAUCACCAUUUCUCAGAAAGCAAAAGAGGCAAUGACAAUGGGAAAACUGCACAAAGAGAUCGGUCAGCUGAUUGUUCAAUCUGCAGAAGACCCAGACAAAUCAAAUAUUCAAGUUGUAAAGGAUAUUUCACUGAAGACAAAAGAAAUCUUGACAAAUCUGGCCUCACUUACAGAAGUCUUGCAUGAUGAUGAGAAACCAUCACUGAACUUUGAGGCACUGAAACAGAAGCGAUUUCCACCAGCAACUGAAAAUUUUCUCUAUCAUCUGGCAGCUGCUGAACAACUGCUUAAGAUCUGAUUUUUGAAAAAUGAAUCUCAACAUUGCGCUCCAAAAGGAAAUUCUAUACACCUGUAAAAUGAUCAUCACAGAAAAAAUAGCUUCUCCAGCUAUGCUUCAGAGGGAACACACGCUGGAACUCAAUGGAUGUAGUCCUAGUUUUCUUUUCCCCAAUUUAUGAUUUUAUAUUAAGCGGGGUUGAUUUUUUAAAAAAAGAAAAAAUACCCUAUUUAGCCAGGACUAAGCAAGUAAGGGCAUGCUUGUUUUGAGCUGGAAGUACUGUAUGUGCUUCAAGAGGGAAAAAAUAUUUGAUAGGCUACUGAAAUUCUAGCAUAAAUAGGGUGCUUCAAAAGUGACACAAAAUUUGAAUGCUGUUACAAUGACUAAGAUAAAGCUGUUCAUCUGAUGGUAGUUGUUUACAGCCAGCUCUGAAGCUCUGGUCUCAAUUUUCAAGAAAGAUAAAGGGCCACUGUUCAUGUUAUAUGUGGGUGCGCAUUAAAAACACAAUAGUUGCUGCUUCUAGGAGAAAGGAGCAACAUUCAGCAGAGAAGUGCAUGGGGGAUGCAGCAAUAUCCUGAUGUGUAUGCAGAUAUGUAUGUAAAAGCAAAUAUUAAUUUUGAUACCCUGCCCCUUCCCUCCACCCCCCAAACAAAAAUUCCCUGGGUUGUAUUGUUGAAUAUCUAUUUAUGCACCAAGCUAUUUUUCUACUGAAAAGUAGCACUCUUAAAGCUGCUGCUCACUUGAAGAAAUAGCUGUUAAGAACUGAAGACACAUUUUUGUGUGCACUAUGAAUUAUAGCUUUUAAAUUCUACAAUUCAUAGAAUUCAUAUUAUAAACCAAGGGUUUUGCAGGAACUCUUGGAGUCUCUACACGAGCACUUUGCUUUAUAAAAUAAGAAUUGCAUUUACUCCCUUUAGUGUCCAUAAAGAUAGGCUACAGCACAUGAAAACAAUUGUAUGCUUAAUUUUUUUUAAAAUCCAGUAAUUUCUACAGUUUACACUUUUGAACUACUAUUCAAUUUAACAGUUGUUGCUGUGUACUAUCCAUAUUAAUUUGAGAAACCUUUUUAUAUCAUGAUUGAGGAACUUGUAUUGUGUUUAGAAGAUGGAGGAUUAAAAAAGGAAAUAAAUAACUAUGUAUAAUUUUCUAGUUAAUACUAAAAA